AGGCUUUACACAUGUCCCCCUCACUGGUUCGUCCUGGUUCUUUCCCGGAUAUUGAGAUGCCUCACUCUCUGCUGCUGCACCCAUCCUUGAGUAGCGGAGCCGGGGAAACAAAGAGAGAGCUUACGCGUGCGAAUGGCUUUGCCUCCUUGACUGAGAAGCCGCCGCCGCUUGUGCUGCCAUCACUGCAACCACCAGUGCUGCCACCAGCGCUGCCGCCGGUGCUGGCACCGCAGCUGAUGCCGCAGCUGAUACCACUGGAGAUCCCUGGGGAUGGUCUGGCGCGUGCUGGCUUGGAUGCAAGUCAGAAGUCCCAUGUGUUGCCGGUAAAGGACGCAAGAUCGGGGAUGGUACGUGCGGUAUAUGUGGGGGGUGAGGGGGAUGUGGGGGGUGUGAGGGGUGAGGGGAAGGGUGAGUGGGAUGAGUGCGAUGUGGAAGUGAAGGAAGAGGGAGAGAGAAUGGAUGAAGAUGGGGAGGAGGAGGCGAGAGGGGGAGAGGAGGGAAAGGAAGAGCCAGGGGAGCGUGAAGAGGAGAGAAUGGAGUGGGAGGGGACGGCUGGGCAAAAAAGAAUGGUGGGAGGGGCAGGGACAGGGGGUGGAGCGGCAGAAUCAGGACCAGCAGCCGCAGCAGCAGCAGCAGCAGCAGCAGAAGCAGAUGCAGCAGCAUCGCAUGUGGUGUGUGAUAGUAUGGGGUGUGACCGUACGGGAUGUGACUCUGAAUUUGAAGCACGCUGGCGGCAGCUGCUGUCCCUGCGAGACAGAGCGGUGCUGUGGGGUGACUGCGACCGUGACUGUGACUGUAACGGGGGUGCUGUUCGCGGGUGGGGGGGAAGCAAUGAUGGAGGAAGGGAGGAGGGAGGAGGAAAAGGGGGAGAAGAGAGUUCAGGAGGAGGGAAGGAGAGAGAAGAAUGGGAAGUAUGGAGAGGAGGAGGUCACAGGAGGGACGGUGCUCGCAGCCUGAAAGAGGAGCUGCUUCGUGCUCUUCAUAACUACGCCGACUCUCUCUCGUCCCUCCGCUCCCGCCUCGCCUCUGCUGCAAACGAUGGCACAGCCAAUUUCUACUCCUCCCUGUCUCUGGCGAUCGUGAGCGGGAGCUUUCAAGAAGCGGCUAUGGCUAUUGAGCAGCACAUGAGGACUGAGCGUCCAGAGCACACAGCAGCAGCAGCAGCAGUUGCGAUGGAAGCACGGCACAAGGCAGGAGCAGGCAGAGCAGGAGAAGCGCAGCAGAAGCAGGAGUGGGCGGCGCACGUGGGUGCUUCAACGUCCCUACCUCCAUUGGAAGUCAAGGUGGAGGAUGGACAGAUGAAGGGAAGCCAAGGAGAGUAUGAGCAGCAUCCAUAUCAGCAGCAGCAGCAGCAGCAGCAGCAGCAGCAGCAGCGGUGCUUGCCAGAUGAAACGACCGCCAUUCUGCGAGCCUGGCUGUUUGCACACUUCCUCAGCCCGUACCCAACAGACGACGAAAAGGAUGAGCUUGCUAAUGCAACACAGCUUACCCGGGCACAGGUUUCGAACUGGUUUAUCAAUGCACGUGUGAGGAUUUGGAAGCCGAUGGUGGAAGAAAUAUGUGGCACAUUCAACAAUGCAUCGACUACAGAGCUGUGCACAGAUCAAGACGUCGUCAUUCACAAACGACCACAGAAAGCCGCCGACACCAAGGAUCCGAAACUGGUGAACGCGGCGAGGCGGCAAGGAGCGGCUAUAGAGUCCGUUAAGAAGUACGAUGCAGGAACGAACAAGUCUGGUGCUGCGAAUCCUGCGAUGCACUCCCGGAAGCUGGCGGAGGAGACGGACGUGUUGGCGCAUGAGAAGGUGUCGUCAGACGUAAAGACGGCGAUUCAAAAGGCUAGGCUGGACGCCAAGCUCACGCAAGCCCAGCUGGCGCAGAAGAUUAACGAGAAACCUCAAGUUGUCCAAGAGUACGAGUCCGGAAAGGCCAUACCUAACCCACAGAUUUUGGGGAAGAUGGAAAGAGUUUUGGGGGUGAAGCUCCGGGGAAAGCUCAAGUGA